CAUGCGUUCCUACGUGUUCGUGUUUUAUGAUGAAUGCGUUCCUGUGUGAGAAUUAAGGCAUUCUUGCUGCAUGCAGUUGUCACACCUCCAAUCGCCAGUGAGAGAAAAAUAGAAUCUUGGUGCGGUUUCGAGAGAAAAUUUAUUGCACUAAUCAGGCUCUCAUAUUCCCUUGACAGCGUUUGGAGGCAUACUGCAUACAGAGAGAAUGGCCAUUCAGUUGGGCCAUCGCUAGUCUCUUUUAGUUCUCAAAGUAAUUUGAUAAAUAGUAAAUGACUGCAUCCGUGAUUGAAGUAUAAAACAGAAGCAAAAAACAACAACAAAAAGCUUGAGAUGAUAGGUGAUGGCACACUAUCUUUGCAUCGGAAUCAUUAAAUCUGUGGCUAUCCCAACAUUCUGUACCUAUAUAUUUAUAUUUAUUGAUAAGCUGACUUAAUUACAGUUAUCUUCAUUAAAAAUUGAAAAUGACAUCUAAGCAAACUGGUUAUGAUUUUUGGAACAAUGUGUUGGGGUGUCCUAAAUAUGUUGCUGCCCCUAUGGUGGACAUGAGUGAGCUGGCUUAUCGAUUGUUAUGCAGGCGUCAUGGUGCCGAACUCUGUUAUUCACCUAUGUUACAUAGCCAGCAAUUUGCACAGGACUUCCUGUAUCGACAAGAUAAUUUUUCUACUUCCUCUGUAGACCGACCUUUAAUUAUUCAAUUUUGUGCAAAUGAUCCAGACACUUUCAUUGAAGCUGCAUCAUUGGUGGUCGACAACUGUGAUGCAAUUGAUUUGAAUUUAGGUUGUCCUCAAGCAAUCGCCAGAAAAGGUUAUUAUGGAGCAUUUCUGCAAGAUGAUUGGGAAUUGAUUCACUCCAUUAUACGAAAAGCAGCUAACAAUCUUCCAAUUCCCAUUACUGCCAAAAUGAGAAUUCUCCCUGGACCUUUUCAAAAAUCUGUUGAAUAUGCUAAGAUGUUGGAAAUGUCGGGUUGUACAUUAAUAACUGUACAUGGACGAACCAGGGAACAAAAAGGUCACGCCACUGGCUUAGCUUCGUGGGAUGCCAUAAAGGAAGUUAAAUCAAGUGUAAAUAUCCCAAUUAUUGCUAAUGGAAAUAUUCUGUCAUUUGAAGAUGCCAAUAAUUGCUUGGAAUAUACUGGAGCCGAUGCUGUUAUGUCUGCUGAAGCUUUACUCCAUAAUCCAGCUCUCUUUUCUGGUAAAAAUCCUCCUGUUUGGGUCAUAGUAGAAGAAUAUCUCAAUAUUGCAGAAAAGUGCAACACCCCUGUCAAAUGUGUCAGAUGUCAUUUGUUUAAGAUUUUAUAUUUGUGUAUACAUCAAGAUGAAAAAAUCACACAAAUAUUAACGGACGCUUCUACCAUUAAGGAUUUUUAUGCUGUUUGUGAUGUUUUAAAAGAAUUGCCAAAACUCAAGUCUUUAGAGAGGGAAAGUAAUACAGAUGAAGAUAUUUCUGAUAUUGAUGAACUUUUUCAAAGUUUUGAGCUUCAGGAAGAUCAUUCUACAAGAACUAAAAGCUGUAUUGUAGAUACAUAUUCAACAUCACCUCAGACUACCUUCAUAAAUAAUAACAUAAAUACACUCACAACUGAUAUUUGUAAUAAUAUCCAUGCAUUUGUUCAGAGAAGCAAUGAGCCAGAAACAGAGAAAGAUAAAUCUCAUGCUAGUAAUAAUAUCCAUUCUUCGGUUCAAGCAGACAAUGAAUCAGAAACAGAGAAGGACACAUCUCCUGUGUGCAAUAAUAUCCAUUCAUCGGUUCAAACAGACAAUGAGUCAGAAACAGAGAAAGACAAAUCUCACGUGUGUAAUAAUAUCCAUUCAUCGGUUCAAACAGACAAUGAGUCAGAAAUAGUGAAAGACAAAUCUCAUGUGUGUGAAAGCUAUGAUGAUCAUCUUCCUGUUUGGCUGUGUCAUUCUAGACCUCGAGUAGGGGAUAACGAAAAGAGCAGAGGUUGCUUUAGUGGUUACUUUUCAACAAGUGAAAAAAAUAUUGAGGAACAAUAUAUGUCCAAGAAAAAAACGAGGAGAGCGAGGCAUCAUGAGCGAGUUCUUGCUUCUAUGAAAGAAAAGAGAAAAGUAAAAAAGAUGAGAAGAAAGUUAAAAAUAGCUGAAAUGAAGAAAAACCAGCCUAUUAAUACUGAAGAAGUGGUUGUAAAAGAAAAACUGACCAAGAAACAGCAAAAGAUGAUGAUUAGAGAACGUCUUUUAAAAGCUCAGGGUACAGCUCCAAAGGUGUGCAUCAAUCUUGGAUUUGCCACUAAAAUGGUUGAAAAAGAACUAGGGCAAUUAGCCAGCCAGCUUCGUAGGCUUUAUGGAUCUAACAGGCAUAGUUUCACUCCUCUUCACUUAUACUUUUGCAAUUUGGAAACAUCUGAUAAGCUCUAUCAGAUCUGCCUAGCUAAAAAUGAUGGUUUUUCAUCCUACGUAGUUGAUAUCACCCCAGAAGAGCCUGAAAACUUAUUUGAACAAAAGGAUUUAAUUUAUUUGUCUCCUGAUUCUGAAAAUGUCUUAGAAACAUUGGACAAGAAUAAGAUUUAUGUGAUAGGAGGAAUUGUUGAUGGAACUGUUAAAAAGGAUCUAAGUCUUAAUCAUGCUAAGGACUACAACAUUCAUACUGUUCGUUUACCUAUCACUGAAUAUUUAGUUCCGUGUUCAACUAAUCCUGGAACCACUGUUCUCACUGUUAAUCAAGUAUUUGAUAUUCUUCUGAAAUACUAUGAAACUGAAAACUGGAUUGAAGCUCUAAGUAGUAAUGUACCCAUUAGAAAAGGUUUUUGUGCUCCUCCACUUUCUGGUAAAUCAAGUGACUUAAUUCAAACCGAGUCUGAAAAUGUUCAAACACAUUUAAAACAACUUGUUGAUCAUAUUAGUUGACGAAAGUGUGUUUAGAUUGUAAUAUUCUUUUAUAAUAAAUUUUUUUAAGCUUA